CAAAUGUACACGUAGAAUACGCGCAGACCUCGCUUCCGAUAUUCCGCUUUUCUGCAACUAAAACAGCUAAAAAUUUUCUUUUCUUUCUCUCUUUUCUGUUGCCUACUUUACAUCGUUGAAACUCCAACACCAGAUCUUAGGCUCCAUUUAUUCUUCUUUCACUCACAGGAUUCUUGAUAAAAUCUGAGAAAUUCUGAUCUGACUGAUUACUUGCAGACAAAUAUCAAAAUACUAGAACUAGGGUGUUCAGUAAUUUAAGGCACCAAAUUCUUUAAUCUCUACGGUUUCCAGAACAAUCUAAGCGAUCAUCAUCGAAUAAAGGGAAGGGUUGAUAUUUGAGAAGGGGCACUGUUGGUGGUGGUAUGAUUUUGUAAGGGUUUUUAUAUAAACUGGAGUUUCCGAGAUGUUAGUGUUGAAAAGAGACGGUAUUUAUUUCAUUAGCUGCUUCAUUCCUCUGGGUGAAUGGCAUCCCUUGGAAUAACGAAAGCUCAUUUGGGCUUCAUGCCCUAAUCUUGCUUUAUCAAAUCAGGUCCAGGAAUUGUUCAGUCUUUUACACUGGAAUUAUAAAUGUUUUUCUGGAGCUGUUGAAGUUUGUUUUUAUGCUUUACAAGACUAGUGGCUUCUUGAGGUUGACACAAAUGGGAUGCUGUAGUUGCUUUGGAUUUACAAAGAAACCCAGAAAAUUGAAGCCGUCUUCUGUUGCUGCUAGUUUGUGUUCUCAAGAACUUUUGUUGAAUGGUAAUUUGGAAGACUUGGAUACUGAUUUGUAUAACGGCAUACAUGGAAGUUAUGGUGUAUUGCCUAGCACUGCAAAAGCUUCUGAAAAUAUUCUCUCGCGUAGAGCUCAAAAUGGAAUGAUAUGCAGAGGAGUUCCAGUGAAGGAGACUCAUCAGCUUAUCCGGUCAGAGGAUGAAAACGGGGACAAAAUGGUGAAUGAGUAUGUUCGAGUGUGUAAGAUCGGCUCUGGAAGCUACGGAAAAGUGGUUCUUUACAGAAGCAUUAGGGAUGGAAAGCAAUAUGCAAUUAAGGCUUUUCACAAGUCUCAUUUGUUAAAGUUGCGAGUAGCACCUUCUGAAACUGCCAUGACUGAUGUUCUUCGGGAGGUUUCAAUCAUGAAAAUGUUGGAGCAUCCAAACAUAGUCAAUCUUGUUGAGGUGAUUGAUGACCCUAACAUGGACAAUUUCUACAUGGUUCUUGAAUAUGUAGAAAGCAAGUGGGUCUGUCAGGAUUCUGAUCCACCAAAAGGAUUGAAUGAAACCACUGCUAGAAGAUACCUUAGGGGGAUCGUUGCUGGUGUCAUGUAUCUUCAUUCUCAUAAUGUAAUACAUGGAGACAUUAAACCUGAUAACCUUUUGAUUACAAGCUCUGGUACAGUAAAGAUUGGAGAUUUCAGUGUCAGCCAGGUCUUUGAGGAUGGUAAAGAUGAGCUCCGACGGUCUCCUGGAACACCCGUUUUUACUGCCCCCGAGUGUUGUUCAGGUGUAAGCUACCAUGGUAAGGCCUCAGAUACAUGGGCUGUGGGUGUCACUCUAUACUGUAUGAUCCUGGGACGAUACCCUUUUCUUGGAGACACUUUACAGGAUACAUAUGACAAGAUCGUUAAUAACCCAAUAAAUAUACCCGAGUCCAUCGAUUUGCAGCUGAAAAACUUACUAGAACGACUUUUCUGCAAAGAUCCAGACGAGCGGAUCACUUUGGAGGCCGUGGCUCGUCAUCCUUGGGUUAUUCAAGAAGAAGGUUUAAUCCCCGAGUAUGUGUGUCUCUGCAAGCGUAGAAAAUUCUCAAAAGGUUCUAAUGGGUUUUAGAAAAUUAAGAUUCGUCGCCGGUAAAGGAAACUUAAGCAUAGUACUAGGAUGGAAAUGUUUUUUGAUUAUUAACUAUUAAUACUUGUGCUGUGUUCUAGUCGUCUGAUCUAUGCGGACAACUUCUCUAACUAUCCUGUUAAAAUAGAAACUAAACUAUCCAUAUUUUCCGCCAAUGAGAAUGUGGCUGGGUUGAUUAAAGAUUGAGGGCUUUUCAUGUAAAUCAUCUUUUAGUAAUCUGGGUUUAUUGGUGAUGAAUUAAUGAUGCUUUAGUGGUGGUUUAGCCUUCGACGAUA